ACCAUUCUUUCUUAUCUCUUUCGCAAAAAUGACAUCAAAGCUUCAAAUUUCAACUCUUUUCCUUGCAAUCUUUCUUGUGCUUCUUUUAGGAUGUUCUGCCUCGCCUAGAAAAAACAUGCGCUCUCGUCGUCCAUGUAAAGAAAUGGUGUUCUACUUUCAUGACAUUAUCUACAAUGGCAAGAACGCUAAGAACGCGACUUCAGCCAUUGUAGGUGCCCCAGCUUGGGGCAAUCACACGAUUUUGGCAAAUCAAAACCAUUUUGGGAACAUAGUUGUUUUCGAUGAUCCCAUAACGCUAGACAACAACUUGCAUUCUCCAUCUGUCGGACGAGCCCAAGGAUUCUAUAUCUAUGACCAAAAAGAUAUAUUUACAUCAUGGCUUGGAUUCUCAUUUGUGUUUAAUUCAACUGCCCAUAAAGGUAGCAUUAACUUUGCAGGGGCUGAUCCUAUAAUGAACAAGACAAGAGACAUUUCGGUCAUUGGUGGAACCGGUGAUUUCUUCAUGACCAGAGGCGUGGCUACCAUCAUGACAGACGCUUUUGAGGGAGAGGUUUACUUUAGGCUCCGCAUUGACAUUAAGUUCUAUGAAUGUUGGUGAUCCAUCGAGAACCCUUUCUCGAUCUCAAGAUUUUUUUUUUUUUUGUCAUCAAUUAAUGCUGCUCUUUAUCUUAUUUGGUUUCAAUGUACGGAAAUUUAUCUUUUUUUUUCUUUAAGAAGGCAUAAACAAAUGCCAUGCUUUCAAAUUA